UUAGCACGUAGUUCGACUGGAGGUAGUGGCUGAGAGAGUUAGUAUGCGAGAACAAUUUGAAUAAAUGGAGUCUUUUAAAAGGAAAUUAUAUCAGCGCUUCCUGUUUUUUGCGUUUUUUCUUCCAAUCUCAGGUGUUUUGUGUUUUAGUGAGUUAUUUUUUAUCAAAGAGCCCCACGAUGUUACUGUCAUGCGGAAGGAUGCCGUUAUAUUGGACUGUCAGGCGCACGGAGAGUCGCCUAUUGCCAUCAGGUGGCUUAAAAAUGGAGUAAAAGUUGCAGAGAAUGACCGCGUCUACAUUCUCUCCAAUGGCUCACUUUCUAUUUCGGAGGUGGAGAGCAGGAGAGGAGACAAAUCAGAUGAAGGGUUUUACCAGUGCCUUGCUCAGAACAAGUAUGGAGCCAUCCUGAGCCAGAAAGUCUGUCUUACAAUUGCAAGUAUCUCCCCCUUUACAAAUCAGCCAACAUCCAUUGUGGUGACAGAAGGAUCAGUCGCCCGUUUCACCUGCAAAGUCACUGCAAGCCCUCCUCCCAUCAUCACCUGGGAGUUCAAUCGGGUCAUGUUACCCCUGGCAACUAAAAGAAUCACCAUUUUGCCCAGUGGCGUUUUGCAGAUUUACGGGGUGGAAAAAGGGGAUGCUGGGAACUAUCGUUGUGUGGCGACCAACAUCGCCAACCGUCGCCGGAGUACAGAGGCAACCCUCACUGUCACUCCAGCUCCAAGCCCCAAACUGCCUCAGAGGCCUCGUAUCAUUGCCGGGCCCCAGAAUGCCACUGUGUCCCUGCACCAAAGUGCCAUCCUGGAAUGCAUGGCUACAGGGAACCCCCAACCCCUCAUAUCCUGGAGCCGAGCCGACAGCAAGUCCAUCGAUGUUUUCAACACCAAGGUGCUGGGCAAUGGCAACCUCAUCAUCUCUGACAUCAAACCCCAACACGGAGGAGUGUACAUGUGCAGAGCCACUACCCCUGGCACACGCAACUAUACCAUCGCCACAGCCAACAUCACUGUGCUAGCGCCUCCGUCCUUGGUGGAGUGGCCGGAGAGCCUGACCCGUCCGCGUGCGGGCACGGCCCGCUUUGUGUGCCAGGCUGAGGGUGUUCCCCUGCCCCACAUCACUUGGCUGAAGAACGGAGAGAAGGUCCACUCCAACGGACGCAUCAAGAUGUACAACAGUAAACUGGUGAUCAACCAGAUCAUCCCUGAGGAUGAUGCCAUCUACCAGUGCCAGGUAGAGAAUGAGCAGGGCUCUGUGCUGUCCAUGGCCCGGCUCAUAGUGGUGAUGUCAGAGGACCGGCCCAGCGCGCCCAGGAACAUCCGGGCUGACACUGUAUCCAGCUCCGCCAUCUUGCUGGCCUGGGAGAGACCACUGUACAACUCAGACAAAGUGAUCGCCUACUCUGUGCACUACAUGAAGGCUGAAGGCUUGAACAACGAGGAAUAUCAGGUUGUCAUUGGCAACGACACAACCCGGUACAUUAUUGAUGACCUGGAGUCAGUGCGGAACUACACCUUCUACAUCGUGGCCUACAUGCCCAUGGGAGCCAGCCGCAUGUCAGACCAUGUGUUCCAGCACACCCUGGAGGAUGUGCCCCUGCGUGCUCCAGAGCUCAGCCUCACCAGCCGCAGCCCCACAGACAUCCAGGUGUUCUGGCAGCCCCUUGCAGCCAAGCUAAGCCGCGGCCGGGUGUCGGCCUACCGCUUGUACUAUCGUACCAGCGCUGACCAGGCCGUCACCCAGCUGGAGCUUCCUGGGGAGAUGACCCAGUAUCUCCUGGAGGGCCUGCAGCCCGACACCAUCUACCUCCUCCGCAUCGCUGCAGCCACUAGCGUGGGCUGGGGGGAACAGUCAGCCUGGACCUCCCACCGCACCCCUAAGGCGUCCAGCGCCAAAGUGCCUCUGGCCCCUGAGCUACAGUUGGAGCCUCUGAACUGCACCACCAUCAUAGUGCGCUGGCAGCUGGCACCAGGAAACUCUGUCAGCGUCCAGGGCUACAGGCUGUUCUACCACGAGGAGAGCCAGGCUGAGAGUUCCCCCAUCCAGCUGCGUGUCCAGGACAACAGGCACACCAUUGGAGGCCUGGACCCAAGAAAGAAGUACCAUGUGAAGCUCCUGGCGUUCAGUUUCAUAGGAGAUGGCUACCAGGCAGACCAGACUAUCAGCACCCCUGGAUGUGUCUCGGUUCGUGAUCGUAUGGUGCCCCCUCCGCCACCCCCUCACCACGUGUAUGCCAAGGCCAACAGCUCGUCUGCCGUAUUCCUCCACUGGGGGCGUCCAGCCUUCACCUCCAGCCAGAUCGUCAACUACACCAUCCGCUGUAACCCUGUGGGCCUUCAGAACGCCUCCCUGGUACUCUACCUGCAGACUGCUAAGAAGAAUAUCCUGGUCCCGGACUUAGAGCCCAACACCAGGUAUGAGUUUGCUGUCCGCCUGCACCUUGACCAACUGUCCAGCCCCUGGAGCCCUGUGGUCUACCAGAGCACUCUGCCUGAAGCACCUACUCUGCCACCGUCAGGUGUGAAAGUGACUCUGAUCGAGGACGACACAGCGCUGGUGUCAUGGAAACUUCCAGAUGAGCCCAACUUGGCGGUGACACGUUAUACCAUCCUCUACGCUUCCAGGAAGGCCUGGGUAGCUGGAGAGUGGAAGGUGCUGCAGAGGGAAGGGAGCAUCACCAUGGCUCUACUGGAGAACCUACAGCCGGGGAACAUCUACCUGGUCAAGGUGUCCGCGUCCAACGAUAUGGGAGACGGGCCGUUUUCACACAUCGUGGAACUGGCCGUGCAGAAUGAUGGCUCCACCUCCGGUCACAACCCCAGGCGCUCCCAUGGCUCAGCUACAGUGUUCUCUAGUGGCUUCUACCACCUGGACCAGAAGUCGAUGACAGGGAUCAUCGUGGGGGUUUGCAUUGCACUGAUCUGCAUCAUCAUCUGUGCCUUCAUCCUCGUCUGCAGAGCCAAAAACAGGAAAUCGUCAGCUACUAAAGCCAUCAGGCAGGAGGCUGGUCAGGUCCCCUCUGCUUCAAUCCACCCGGGCUCUGAGGGCCAGGCUGAGAAUGCUGAUGUUAUGGUGCCAAUGAUGAGAGCAGACCACUUCAUUGAUGCCAAGGGUGGAACAAAUCUGAUCAUCAAUAGCCUCGGACCAGUUUAUCCAAUCACUGAGAAGAGAAAUAAGUGGUUUUCCUUCAGUAAUCAGAAAAUAAUUAAUGCUAAGAAAAGCCAGAUCCAGAGGAAGAGCCAUGGAAUCUGCUCGUACCAGCCAGGAGCAACAGUGCUGUGCUACGAGGAUGAGUCUCUGUCGUCACCCAACCAGCCCACCUCCCUGCAGGUCCUGUUUGGCCCACCUUUUGACACAGAGGGCUCCUCCAACAGCGAGGGCAGCCACGAGACAGGCGACUCGGGCCGUUACUCUCACGACGAGACAGAGAUGACCAACCUGUCCUCGGGUCCCGGCAGCCGCCCUGCGUCUCUGAGAGAGGAGAGCGGGGGGUCAUUCUGCAGUCCUGCCCAGGAGAGUGAGGGGGAGCUGGGGGAGCAGUCUCACCUCAACCUGGAGAUUGGAGACUCCAUGGAGAAAACGUGCAACCAUCACCACUAUCAGGCCCCAGACAAUUCCCAGCCUGCAUUUUCUCUCUAGCAGUCUGUGUGACCUCCCAUCAAUCCCCCAACACUAAACUCACUCCACUGUUUUAAAAGACAAUGAGCAGAAAUCCAAAUAUCCAGGUCUUUGGAAAAACUGGGCUCUGGUUUGGGUUCUGGUGAUUUCUAUCAAAGAAUCUUCUAGUGAAUGUGUACUCAUUUUAUUUUGAUUCAUUGUUUGUGUGUAUGUGUUUGAAAGAAAAAUCUCACCCACCAUGAAUGUUUCAAGAGAUCGUCAAAAUUAUGAAAUGUGACUUACAUUUCUGACAUUAUUUAAGAGUUUUACACUGGAGCAAAGUGUAGAGUGAGCCCUUCUUUUGCUGAUGAUCUACCUCAGUUUACCUCUUGGUAAACUCCAACUAUAUACAGUAUUUAAUAAUAACGACUUAUACCUGAACUAUGUAAGGGGUCUCUUCCUUUAUGGAACAACUGAUACUUCCUGAUGGCAAUAAUUCGUUUUUGCUAGGUAAGAUUUGUCCCGUAUUCAUUUUCCUCCUUGUUUAUAAUGAAGUACGGGAUUGUAAGGGUACUACAGAUCUCAAUUAAAGCUUUGUUAUUUUCUUCUUUAUCACAGGUUAUUUGGACUAUUUCUCAGGUUACUUUACAAUAAGCUUUGAGUGUUCGGCUAUGGUAGAUUAAGGGCCAGUACAAUUUACUACAUAAGUUGCUGAAAUUCAAUAAUAAGCCAGUAUGACACAAUGUACUUUUCAGGUUAUCCAUAGUAAUAAUGGUUAAGACAUUUUUUUCUUUCUUUUUUUUUCAAUGUGUAGUUGCCCUUGCAAUUCCUGUUUUAUACUACCUCUUUUUAAGCAUUAUUUUGUUGUGUUAUUAUUUUCCUAAACUCAGGGAACAAGGUUUAGUACAUUUGAAAAGCCAUGUGUAAUGUUCCAUGGUUGACUGACAGGGUAUCUUCUUAGUCCUGAACUGCUCAUUGUAGAGGGUAGUUGCUAUAGAUCUGUAUUGAAUGUAUCUCUAGAACAUUGUCAGUUACGGUUCAGAGCCUUGUGAUGCCCCACUCACAGGUGGAAAAACUUUAGUUUGAAUUCAGUUGGAAUAAUGUGUCUGUGGUAUGGCAAGCUAUCUUUUUGGUUAUUUUGGGAAAGAACAUAACAAAAAUGCUUGUGUCGACGCGUUUCAACACAGCAGACCUUAAAAACUUUAUAAAUGGCCUUAAUGGGGAAAGAGACCCUCAGAUGUCGGAGACAAACAGAAAGGAUCAUAUACCAAAGUCCGAUCCAUCUGAGGUCCAACUCUUUGACACAUGGGGAUGGGAGAAGUGUGAAGAAUGAUUGUUGAAAACCAAAAGCGUUAAAUCAGUGCGAUGGAAGUGAAUGGAAUGAACACCAAAAAAACAUUUUAUCUCUAAAGAUAUCUAUAUUUUUGUCGACAUUUAUGUACUACUGAGUACAGAUUCGAGUUACUUUUGUUCUUUAAGUAGUUGAUACUUCACCAUAGAGUAGAAAAAUAAGUUUAGCACUUGUCAGAUUAGUUUGAUUUGUUGAUCACAGCCAAUGUGCAGCGGUGACUGAUGCUAUCAUCCAAAGUAAUUGUUUGCUCCCUCCAUUUGCUUUUGAUCUCUCAGCGGGUCCCUGGGAAAAUUACAAUGAGGUUUUUCUCAUGUAUUAGACCAAAAAUCUAACGCAGAUCAGCUGAGAUGCUGCUUCUAAGACAAAGCUUUGCACAUGUGUGCCCCCGUUCUGUGACCAACUGAGUUGAGAUGCGGGUCCUCUCUCAGAAAGUGCCCCCAGGAUUUUGGGCCCUUGAUAAUGGUUAAAAUGACAAUUAUAAUCAAUGUCAUGCACACUAACCAAAUCACCCUAUUAUUGGUUUUCUUUAGAGCUUUACUGUUGCAACUAGAUGUGUACAUUGUAGGGGGAAAUUCUAUUCCGGAGCUAUAUACAGUAUAUUAUAUUGAUUCUCAUCCUACAUUGCAACAGUAUUUUCAAUCAACGGAUUUCUAACUAAUAGGAUGACAGUUUGCAUGAAGUGUGACACAAUCAGUUUUACUUUCUUUUGAAUGGCAAACAAUGUAUACCAAAGAAUUCAGUUCACUGUUGCGCAUUAGCAAGAGAUCCAUUUAGACAUAUAUCUCUGCAUGAUAUUUUCUCAUUUUAUUUGGUUCCAAAAGCUUUAUCCCCAUUUAGGUUUUGAUUACUACUUAAUAAAUGGGUGUCUAUUAGACCACAAACCAAGAUGAAAGUUGUACACAAUUUGUGCUUUUAAACAUGCAUUGUUAUUUUUUAUUUUACCGUUAUUUUACCGUUAUUUUACCAGGUAAGUUGACUGAGAACACGUUCUCAUUUGCAGCAACGACCUGGGGAAUAGUUACAGGGGAGAGGAGGGGGAUGAAUGAGCCAAUUGCUUCAAUUUGUCAUUGAAGCAAAAAAUAGACUGAUUUUUCUACAUUCUUUUUUACUUUUUCUCACUGGAAGAGAAAUAUAUAUUAUUGUUAUUUCAAUGGGGUUUCAUAUACCCCAGUUUUGAGAAAGUACCAACUGAAUUUAGUUUUUUCCUAGAUGCCUAAAAUGUAUUAAUCUUUGAUACGAAUGUGAAUACUUCUUUAAACUGUUGUAGAUGAUCAUUAGUCUGAAAAGCUGUGUUAAUAAAAUGUCAAGUUCAUAUUGUAUAUGGAAUAUUUUAGUUGUUUUUGCUUUUUAUUUACUUGUGUAGUCCUCUGCAUUGUUAUAAUGCCCGGUGACUGCAAUCCAACUCUGAUAACAACUAAAAGCUGGAAUAGACAAGUUAUUAUUGAGCAGUUGCAGUAACAGUAUUGUUUUUGUCUUUUCAAUUGUGAUAAAGAGUAACCAUAGGGUUCUCAUUCUUAUAUAUGUUUUCAGAAUCAGAAUGUUGAUUAGGGUUCUGCAUUCUCGUAUUGGUUGUGAAUGUCCAAUAAGUGAUAUACCGUCUUCUACCUCAGGUUCCUCUUCCAGCUUUUGAUAGAGAUGUGUUGGAUGCUAUAGUCAGAGGGGGUCAGUGUUAUGCAAGAGAUGGAAGAACGAGUGAUGCAGAUCCAGUCCUGUGUCUCUUUAAUUUCAAAAGUUGUGUUCUCUUUUUUUCCUGAACAUGUGAAUAUAAAGGGAUGAAGUGGAGGACUUGGUGUGAAUCAUAAUUCUCUGGUGCUCUGAGUCCCCUUUUCUUCUGCAGUCACGUUUUUCUGUAAAGGCUGUGCUGCUGGCUUUAGCUACAGUGGUGGAGUGCUGUGGGUCAUUUACAGUUAAACUCAGGGGAACCCACAGCUGCUCCACAGUUGUAGUGAGAGUAGCUUUGGGACACAACAUUGGGAGUCUAUGUAACCAAUACACACUCUCGUUGUUGUGUUUCAAAAUUAUAGUGAGAGGCACAGGCCUUGAAAUCGAAUGUACUUUUUGUCAUUAUUUUGUGUUAAUGUUCUGUUUUUCUGUUUGCUCUUUGAUCACAACACCAACAGCUUUUCUUCAAGCUAUUCAAGCCAGCCUUGGUCCUUACUACAACUUUCUUCAUUACAAAAAUGUUAUAGCCUACUUGUCCAAUUAAAGUUUAAAAUAAUUUAAACAAUAAAUAAUUCUGAGAAUGUUUAUUUUUAUUUAAACUCAAUCAGUCAAUGUGAACUUCCUUGCACGUAUUGGUACG